AUGAUGCACGCCUUCGAGAGACGAAACAUCCUCGACGAAUUUCCACCUUUCACGAGCACAGCUGCUGGAAUCACUCGACAGACGCGCAAGGUUGAGGGACAUAUGAUCUUACAGUCCUCAUUGCUCAAAACAUGCCAUUGGCAAUAUUUGCAAGAAGAUGCGUGUGAAAUAUCGAGACGUGGCUUCUCCAAGGGUGCCGAAAUGGGCACAAUGAAAUAA